AUGAAGCUGAAAGAGGACCUCAACCCCAUACUGGUGCUUCUUUUCUACCUCAUGGUGUGGAUCUACACCACAGUCACCUUCCUGCCUUCCUACCUCCUCAGCUGGGGUUCAAGAUCUCAGGAGGACUUCUUUGGCUCAGAAGAGGAGCGAGCCAAGAGAGCUAAAGCUCGUUCAGUUCUGGGCCAUCCAGAAGGACCCUACAGAGCCGUUAGUGCUACAAAGAGACUUGUUACAUCACUGCACCCAGGAGUGGACACUCUGGAUAAGAUGUUUGAGUACUCUGCUAUGAGGUUCCCCAACAGAGACUGUCUCGGUACAAGGGAGGUGAUCAGUGAGGAAGAUGAGCGACAGAGCAACGGGAAGGUGUUCAAAAAGGU